AUGUCUGCUUCAAUCAACCUCUCAAUUGUUUUCGUGAUCGUAGCAUUAUUGUCCUUAUCAAGCAUAUCGACAAGCCAUGCUGCUCGUAGCUUACUGCAACUUCCCAAUUUGCCUACGAUCCCUUCAUUGCCUCAACCAACAUUGCCAAAAAUUCCAAACUUGCCCACAACAUUGCCACCAUUACCAAGUGUUGCAUCUUUGCCCUCUGUAGUCCCGAAAAUGACUCUGCCUCCAAUGCCCGCGAAUCCUCUGCCCAACAUGCCAUCACUUCCCAAAAUUCCUACAAUUCCAACACUUUCACCUCCUCCAUCUAACUAA